UCAAAAUGUUCCUCGCAAUAAUAGUACUCUACUUUUACUUCAGUAAUAGUUGUAACCUCGUACACUACGGCCACGCCAUCGAAUCGCCACAGUACACAGUGGUGCACUCAGAAUCAGAUUUCGAGGUAAGACUAUACACUGAAUCCUCGUGGAUGUCUGCUCCUGUCCUAGGAACAACCUCCUUCGACUUCAAGGAGUCCACCAAAGAUGAUUUUCACAGGUUGUAUGAAUACAUUCAUGGUGGAAACCUAAACUCUUCUCACAUUGUGAUGACUGCUCCUGUCUUGACAAGCAUUAACUCAUCAUCAUCUAGCGGGUCUGACUAUUUUGUAAGGUUUUAUAUCCCAGCAAAGUAUGGUGGAAACCCUCCACAGCCCAAUCCUGAACUGAAUGUGCAGCUUGUCAAGUGGAAAAGUCAUUGCAUAGCAGUUAGAAAGUUUACCGGAUUUGCUAACGAUGAUGAAAUUAAUAAAGAAAUUGAAGCUCUUGUAAACAGCCUAAAUAAGCAGAAGAGUGGAAAGGCAGCAAUAUUGGAAGAUAAAAGUUACUACUCCGUUGCCCAAUACAAUGCUUCACAUCACCUUUCUGGACGCUUAAAUGAAGUGUGGAUCAAUGUGUCCGGUUUUACAGCAGAGGGAUGUCCAAACUAUCAAGGGAACUAUUGAUUUGGCCUCAGAUGUCUGGCAGAAUCUAGCAAGGAAUGUUGAUCCUGCUGAGAAUAAAACAGUGCUUUUAUUGUAGAUAUGCUCCUUCAUUAAUAAUAGAGUUUCAAUAAAUGAGAUCCUGAUGCAACAUUUGGUACCUUGUCUUUUUUGGUAAAAACAUUUGGUACCUUGUUUGUGCA